AUGAACGGAAAAUAUUUGACGAAAAAUUCAAUAGAAUAUGAAUACUGUAAUAUAGCAUAUCAGCAUGAAAUUGCUGGACGAAUUAAUUUUCAAAAAGGACAAUAUAAGGAAGCAAUUGAAAGUUAUCAAAAAUCAUUGAAAAUAUUACAAAUGUAUUCUGAUUAUUUCGAAACAACUGAUAAAUUACCAAAAGUUAUGAAUAUUUAUUGGAAGAUGAGUGAUACAUAUGAAGCAUUAGCAAAACAAACAAAUUGUUUGGAACCAUUAGACUAUGCAAUAGCUGCUUUGACGAGUUUACUUAAAUAUCGGCCAUAUGAUCGAAAUAUUCGAUUAAAACGAUGUGCCUUAUGGAAAACUUUGCAGAGUCGUGAAAAUGCAAUUACUGAUGCAUUAGUUUAUUUCUGCACUGAAUUAAGUAAGGAUUGUCUUGAUGUACCAUUGGAAAAUAUCAAUCGAGUAUUAAGUAAUGAUUUGAAAUAUCUAAUAAAUGAAGAAUGCAAUCACAUCGAAAGUUAUGCACAAUCAUUGCAACCAUUCUUAACGCAAGAUUUUAUCAACUUAUGGUUAUCAUGUGAUUGCGAUGAUCCAUUGGUUAAGGAUAUUUGGAAUGUGCGAGAUGAACUACUUGGUACACUUCCAAAUGAUAUUGAACCAAUAAAGGAAGGUCGAUAUAAGGAAGCUUUGAAAGCUUUAUCAAAUGGCGAAUUUUCAUCAGUGAUGAAAAAUUUGGAAGAAGCAUCGAUAAAUGGAAGAUAUCGUUUGGAAGCGACGUUACUGUUAGCAUUGGCGCAUACACGCGACGACGGAGCAACUGUUGACAAGUUUUUGGAUCGAUUCGAACGAAUAUGGAAUCAAAAACCCAUAGGAUACAGUUUGCGACGUUGUGCGCAAUUGGUUGUGCGUUAUAUAAGCAUAUCGCGUGCGAUAAGAUUCAAUCCUUUCAGCGGCAAAAAAAUGGAAAAUAAGACAAAAGAGAUGGAAGCUAAUUUGUAUUUACAAGAAGCAUUAAUAAUCUUUUGGAAGAGACAGAAUUCGGAUAUUGGUGAAGUUUUCUGGAAAAAAGAAUUAAAAAAUGAUAAUAGACGGAAAUUACAGCAUAUCCAGAAAUUAUGUGAUUUAGCGUUGAAAGAGAAACCGGAUUUUCAUCAUGCCAAAAUUCUAAAGUUGCGAUCAAUUUUGGAAUUAAAAAUGGCAGUUAGCAUUUCGGUACUGAAUGACGACGAUUUAAAGCCAUUGGAAAAUAUCGUCAACAAAACGAACGAAAUAUUUCCAGCAUAUAAUGCAUUCGGAGAUUUGUGUUUAUAUUCGGUUUAUCUUGCUAACUCAAAAAUUGACAAAGCUAAAUUAUGUUGUGAGAGAAUGCUCAAUGCGUUAUUCUUACGUGGACAACCUCUAACUUUCUUAAUAAGAUGUGAUUGGGAUGUUGAUAAAGCGCAAACUUUAAAACGAUUAGAAAUGUUAUUAGCAAAAGAGCCUGAAAAUUAUGUGGCACAUAUUCUUAUGUAUUAUUAUCAUUUUAGACAUGGUGAACUGGAUUGUGCCCUUGAACAUGCCGAUUACGUCCUUAAAUAUUGGCCUUUUCAUAUGAAUACUGAUAAUUUAUCAGCACAUAUUCGUGAAUAUGUACAUUGCCAUCUUUUGCAAACAGUACAAAAAGAGAUGGAUAUGGUUGUUGAAGCAUCACUUCGCAUGAUAUCGUCUUCGUUACCACUUCUUGGCAAUUUACGGAAAGAUCAAGUGAUAUCGGGAAAAAUUCGACGAAUAUUUUCCACCGAAGUGAAUACAAGCGAAUCCAAACAAGACAUUAGAAUUCUAGAAAAACCUGAUCAUGACUUUUUUGAGAUGGAACAAUUUUAUCUCAAAUUAGAUGCAAUAGCACAACAGGAAUCUGGAAUAUCGGAAAUUUCAGUAGAAAAAGACCAAAAGCAGAAAAUAUGUGGAGAAGAAACGGCUUCUACUAGCAAUUGCCAAUUUUUUAGUGAUUCAGAAAAACCUGACGAUCAUUUUCUAUCAUCCGAAGAAAAAGCUGAAAAUGCUGGGAAAAUGAUUAGCGCAGCGUUUUAUUACGCGGAACAAUUGCGACGUGAAAUCGAACAUGGAUCACGAGUGGAUAAAGAUAAAUGUCGUAGUGAGGAUAUUAAAGAUGCUAAAAGUUCAUCCUUGAAGCAAACAUUGAAAUCUGAAAAAUUAGUAGUAUCCGACGAGAAGAAAGUAGGAAAUGACAAAGAUUUUGAUACAAUCAAUUGA